AUGUACUCCAAACCUCAAACGAUGUAUUCACGAAACGGAGCCGCUAACUCGAUGCCCGCUCUGAGAAGAACCAGCACGCCAUCAGCAAUAUAUGAUGAUAUAGAUGAUAAUUCCCGAUGCGAUUCCGAGUUUUCAUUCAGUGAAUACAUGCCCCUGCCAUACAACCGCAGCUCCUCUCAUGUAGAAGAGGAUGAAGAAUAUUCAUUUGACCCAAAAAGAUCGAAAUUUAACUCUGCCCAAAGAUCGUUCUUCAAUAGAUCUAGGACUGCAAGGAAUGAUAUUGAGAAUUUGAGGGAAAGUUCUUUGGCUGCAAUUCGGGAAAGCCAACUAACAAGAAUGGAGUCGGAAAUUGGACUUAUUCAAUUUAAUCUCAAUGAAUUGAAGAGAGAAAUGAUGAGAUUGACUGGUUCAUCGCAACAAGACCGAAAAACCACUCAACAGCUUCAACAAGAGUUGAGAAAUGCUGAUCGCGCAAGAACCACUCCAAACGGAAAGAAAGGACCAACCAAGACCAGUCCCGUAAAGCUGUCCUCAGAUACCUCAAAUCAUCAAGAUGAAUCCGUUGAGACAGAACGGCUUAUUCAGGAUGAAUUGGAUAUUUUGAAGAGAAUUUAUUCGGACAACUUGGAGUUUUUGCUAGUAGUUCUAAAGGAGAUGAAGUUUAUUACCACUAACUCUGCAAGAAUGGAGUGUCUUGAUUUUCUUUCCCAAAUUAGAAAACGGGAAGAAAGUGAAAUAGAAAGAUUGAAAUCUCCAAAGAAAAACAUUAGUUUUUGCGGCAGAGAGGCUAAUUCUAACAGUUCAAGAGGCAAUAUCACUUCAGGAGAUUCAGUUUCGGUUACAACUUCCCUGCGGGUUGGUGCAAGCUCAGAUGCUGGAAACGACGACCUUGAAAGCGUUUCCUCAGAAUUUGACGACAACAGAAGCGUAAAUGAAUUAAUGACCAUGAUGAACGCAAAGGUCGAAGAUCUCAUCACUAAGCUGGCGAAUGAAAAAUCGCUUGAAGACGUUGUAAGCCCAAUCUCAAAAGGAGAUGUAAUCCAUUUAUGCAGAGAAAUUUACUCAUUGUUGAAUGAAAUGAGUGUGGAGUCUGAUAUUGAGAUAAUCAAUUCGUGUUUUGAUGUUCUAGAAUUAUACAUUGGAAAAGAUUUGGAUGAAGAAGUUCAAGAGGAGAUAGUUACAGACCUUAUGGAUAUUUUAACUACCUUCUUAUUCUUCUACAGAGCUGUUGGAAGACUUUUGAGUCAGGCAGAGUUUGUAGACGAAAAGCUUCAAAGAGAAUACGUGGAACAAAGAUUCGAAAAACUAAGAGAAAAGAAAGACCGUGAUUUGGAAAGCAUUUUAACCACACGUGCGCAACUAAGGGCUGAUUCUUCAAGAAAAUCCAUUGAUCAAGAGUCCGAUUUAAAGGAAGGUGAAUCGAGAAAGGAAGAUGGAGAGGAAGCUUCAACAACUGAAAAAGAGGAACAAGACAAUGUAUUUGACAAUUUGAUGACCCUUGAGGAGUUGAUGUAUCGUGAUAGCUUGGAAAACAAUGACAACGAUACCAUUGAAACCAAAGAAGAAGCUGAAGAUGUUGAUGAGACACCAGGAGUACGUGCUGACACAGUUGUAUCAGGAAAAGGCAUUGUAUAUUCCAGUCCUAAAACAGUCACACCAAAACAAUCAACCCCGCAAACAAACAAUGGAUCGCCUUCUCAACAACCACGGUCACAAAAGGUAACAGAGGAAUCUUUGAGACCUUUUGUGAGUACAAUCAAUGAAGAUCGGCUCAAGGAAAUGAUGGAAAAAGAAGGCGACGAGAUGGACAUGCAAUUUCUGUUGAAGGUUGGUUCUAUUAAGGCAAGCGGAGUAAAUCAGGAUGACAGAGACUAUGCGGAGUUCGCCUCAAACUACUUUAGCACCAAUUGA